GUCCCGGAUGUAACGGCCACGGCGGCGGGCCGAGGGCCUGCUGUUGGAGCGGCUCCGGCCAAUGGGCGGGAAGGAGAUCGGGAACCCCGGCCGGCUCUGAGGAAAGAAGGGACUCUGGACAACUAAAGAAGACUGAAAAUGACUGUCGAUAUUCAACCAGCAUGCCUUGGACUUUAUUGCGGGAAGAUGCUCAAAUAUAAAAAUGAUUCGAUGGAAAUAUACGGAGAUUGUGGGGUAUGCCCCAGAGGGCAGAGGACAAACGUCCAGAAAUACUGCCAGCCUUGCAUGGAGUCCCCUGAACUCUACGACUGGCUCUAUCUUGGCUUUAUGGCUAUGCUUCCUCUUGUUCUGCACUGGUUCUUCAUCGAAUGGUAUUCGGGAAAAAAGAGCUCCAGCGCGCUGUUCCAGCACGUGACUGCGCUGUUGGAGUGCGGCGCGGCUGCCCUGGUGACCCUGCUGGUCAGCGACCCCGUGGGCGUCCUCCACAUCCGCUCCUGCCGCGUGCUGAUGCUCUCCGACUGGUACACGAUGCUCUACAACCCCAGCCCCGACUACGUCACCACCGUGCACUGCACCCACGAGGCCGUGUACCCGCUGUACACCAUCGUGUUCAUCUACUACGCUUUCUGCUUGGUGUUGAUGAUGUUGCUCCGGCCGCUGCUGGUGAAGAAGAUCGCCUGUGGCUUGGGGAAGUCCGAUCGGUUUAAAAGCAUUUACGCGGCCCUCUACUUCUUCCCCAUCCUGACCGUGCUCCAGGCGGUGGGAGGCGGCCUGCUCUAUUAUGCCUUUCCGUACAUCGUUUUGGUGCUGUCUUUGGUUACCUUGGCUGUCUACAUGUCUGCUUCUGAAAUUGAGUCCUUCAAAGACCUCCUCGUGCGGAAGAAGCGAUUGGUCGUCCUCUUCAGCCACUGGCUCCUUCACGCCUACGGCAUCAUCUCCAUCUCGAGGGUGGACAAGCUACAGCAGGACCUGCCCCUGCUGGCCUUGGUGCCCGCCCCCGCCCUCUUCUACCUCCUGACGGCCAAGUACACGGAGCCUUCGCGGAUUCUGUCCGAAGGAGCCAACGGGCCCUGACCCCACCUCGGCCCGGCCCCGAGCCGUACCAGGGGUUUUCAAGCUCUUUAAGCCUCGCUUCCCUCUUUAAGCCACACCCCAGUGCCCUCUCUCCCUGCAGCUCACGCUUGGGUGAUGGCGCGUCACUUGGUUUGAUGAAGAUAUGCAAGAGAACCGUAAGUGGGGACGUUACCGUUUUAUAGGCACCUUUCAAGGACUGCAUCGUCAACCUCGGGACGGGUUUGCUGCUGAGCUCCAGUGGAGAACGGUAGUUGCGAUUGUUUGUGUCAUCUUUGUAAGAGAGGGAGAAACAGCUUUUACCGGAAAGUCCAUAAACUUUGUGCUCUAUCCCUCUGGUCAA